AUGUCCUACAACGACGCGUCUGUGGCUCAUGAUGCCUCCUCCUCGACUUACUGUUUCGACCAUAUACUCUCCUUAAAUGAGCCUAGACCGUCGCUAUGGGACACUCUACUGCAGGGCCAUGGAGUCCUAGAUGUCUACACCGCGCCUUUGGGUAUACCUCUCGCGUCUACCUCCGAGCCUUCAAGUUAUGCAGUGGAUAUAUCCAUACCACAGCUCGACGAAGGCUGGGCUUCAAACCUUUCUUAUGAAGAAGCGAGCAUGGACGACAACACUUGGUUAAUGCCGCAUUCCUAUCAUAUGCCGAGCGUGCCAGAGGCAGUUCCGUCACUGACCACCUUACGCGGCAUACAUGACGCUGUAUGCUACACGAAGGAGCCUUCCACCAUUAAUCCCAUGCUCUUGAGCAUUCCUAGCGGCAAAAUCGUCCAAUUGGCUUCGCCGACUACGGCAUUCGCUUCCUGCGUCCCUUCCGGGAGCAUUUCACCCCCAAUCGAUAGUAAAGUUCCAUCGGACCAUGCCAUAGGAACGUUAUAUGCGACCGACCAUACUGAUGCCAAUACCUAUGAUCGAGAGCGUGCGCUUAAAUCCGAUGCCACAAACAGUGACGAAGGAUCCAAUCGGACCAAUUCCUUUCCCGAGCCCUCACACGCCGCCGGAUACCGUCCUCUCACCACCAAUCUUCCAUUCGUACUCAAUGCUGAGAUCCCGGAAGAGCUCAUCGUCUUCGCUCUGCAGGAUCCCUCUCGUGGGUGCCCGGUUGACGGGUGCGCGUAUGUUCCCACUGCCAUUGGCAAGCGAGGCUCAGGACAGGCAUCCAAUAUGCUGAGGCAUAUCGAGUCUCAUCGUCCGAAGCAGUGGGUGUGUUGUGGGCUGCCGCUCAAUGUCGCAAUCGAAAAAGGUCUUCGGAAGGAGGAUGCUCCGCCAAACUUCUUCUACGGAGGACAGCCGAUGAUCGGAGGCUGUGUGCAUUACCUUAGCAGGAAAGAUUCGCUCGUUCGCCACCUGAAAGGCAAGGGUCGCGACUGUCUUACGGAUAUAUCUAUUGUGGAGGAGCACAUCAAAGAGCGGCGCGCUAGUUUGUGA